AUGGGGAUACAAGGCAAAGUGUUUGCCGUCACUGGCGCUGGUUCAGGAAUUGGAAGAGCCACGGCGAUCCGACUCGCAGAACUAGGGGCUAUUGGCAUCGCCAUCAGCGACCUAGACCAGCCUGGCCUGAUAGAGACGCAAAAGUCAUGUAGCCAGUACUCAGCAGCAGAAGUCACGACCACCAGAGUCGAUGCCAGCAAUGCCGAACAGGUUGACUUGUGGCUCAAGGACACAGUAAAGCGCUUCCAAAGACUUGAUGGAGCAGCAAACAUCGCAGGUAUUGCAGGCGGGGACGGUCAAAGCACCGAGUCCAUUGACCAAGCAGCCUGGGACAAAAUGCUGGCGGUCAACCUCACGGGCGUGAUGAUCUGUAUGAGGGCCGAGCUCCCGCAUCUUACCAGGCCAGGGGGGUCCAUCGUCAACGUUUCGAGUACUUCGGGCCUGCGAGGUCUACCCAACAAUGCAGCAUACGCAGCGAGUAAGUUUGGUGUACUCGGCUUGACCGAAUCUACGGCUGCGGAAUACGGCAAGCAGGGAAUUAGAGUCAAUGCAGUUCUACCAGGUCCGAUCGACACCAAGAUCUUUCGUGAAGGUGAAGCAAAGGGACUUUUUAAUGCCGACGUGCACGGUGGACAGUCGACGGCGGAUAUUCGGCAUGCGGUUUCUACAGGGCAGGUUGAGGAGGUGCAACAACAACUUCUGCGACUUCAGAAAGACAAUGAGAUGGAGGAUAAACUUCCCAAGCAUGACACUGUACACAGCGUGUUCAAUGACUAUACCCAACCACGGACUACCAUUUACGAGGUUUCAGAUCCACCAUAUGCCAGGUAA